GGCAACAACAAAGAGUCACGGCAACUGAGUGAUAGUCAGGGAGGGUGCAGAGCUGUGUGUGGACUGUGUGUUUUGUGCAGGAACAGAACUGUGUUUGUUGUAAUUGGGCUACAUAAGAGGCAGAUGUAACGUUGGGAAGAUUGUGGUUCUCUAUAGCUGCUUUUUGUUUUUUUAAUUUAUAUAAUUUCACAAAGAUGAGCUCCCCUUCGGGGGUACUGUUGGUCCCACAUGGCAAAAAUGUGUUGCUGUUUAGAAACGGUGACCAUUUUCACAAUGGGCGCCGGAUGGUUGUCAAUGAAAAGCAAUUUGUGACAUUUGAGUCUUUCUUAAAUGAGGCGACUACUUGCAUCCAAGCAUCAACCGCUGUACGCAACAUCUACACUCCACGCAAUGGUCACCGUGUGACACAGCUCAAUGACCUGCAUAAUAAGGGGCAGUAUGUGGCUGCGGGCACUGAAAGAUUCAGGCAUCUCGAUUACCUUCAUAUUAAUGUCAAGCAACCUGUGGCUGCUAAAGUUAAAGACAUCCAACAGGUUUCUCACAAGCCAAAAGUCGCUGGCCAUUGGAGGGAGGAAUCCCGCCUUCCUUGUAUCAUUCAUGUUUUCCGUAAUGGAGAUCUAAUGACCCCACCUGUCAGGGUUGUUAUACCCCUAAGCAUCCAGAAAGAGUGGGAGCUGGUCCUAACCCUGCUGACUGAAAAGGCCCAUCUCUACAGUGGAGCUGUUAGAAAGUUGUGCACUCUAGAUGGAGUCUCUAUCUCAUGUGGAGCAGAGCUGGUGUCUGGUGAAUAUUAUGUUGCUGUUGGGUCAGAGAAAUAUAAAUGCCUCCCAUAUGAAGAACUCCUCACUCCACCUGGAAGAAACAAGAAUCGCCCUGGUGUAAAGCGCAGGAUUCCAAAAGUUACGGCUGGUAAAGUAUAUAGUGUUUCACAAGAUGGAGUCAGUGACUCUGCUCUUAAUGAGUCUCCAACUCAAGUUGACAGUCGCAGGGUUCAUUCCACAGGUACAGCUCUGAAUUUGUCUAGUGCCAAACAGCCAGCCAGAGAAGAGGAUUCUGUCUUCUAUGCCAAGCCAGUCAGGGUACGUCCAACCCGCAAACAUAGGCCCAACCAGGAAGACACCAGAGAAGAAAGGGGCGUAUUUAAAGUCAAAGAAACUCGACAUGAGCUAGAUGGUGCCCAGGAAGUGAAAGAGGAUGCAUAUACACGUGUAGAGGUCCCAGUGGAUCAGAGAGAAGCGGAGAUUGUGCAGGAGUAACAUUUUCAUAUGAGGACUGAAGACUGGGACAUUUAUUGUCUCCACUAUACAAGCACAAGGAUGAUGUACCACAAAGAGUUCUUAAAAUGAUUCCAACCUAUGUUUCUUUACUCGUAUGGCUUUUUAUGAAAACCCCUCACCUACAUACAAGUAUUUCCAUGAAUACUACUACUACUACGCUUCUAUAUUUCUAUUUUUCCAUCCUAUACAAUCUGGCCACAAACAGCAAUCUUCUCAGCGCUUAUAUUACAACUAGAACAAAGUGGCCCAGGAUGCUGCAUGUAGGGGGAUCCAGUUGAGCAAGAUGAAAUGUGAAAGAGUUAAGAUGCAUACACACGGUGAGAUCCUUGCUAUGCCUGAUUUUGACUAUGCAAUUUCCCUUGAACUCCCUCAGAGCCCAGAUUUUGACUGUCUGUACUUACGAUUUUGACUAAGUGCCAAUUUAGACUAUACUUUGUACUAGAUAGUACACUAGAUAGUCAAGAUAGACUGUGCAGACAAGUCAAUCUAGCCUUGUGAUACCUACCCUACGGUAGUGCGCAUCACACCAUGCGAUAUCCACUAACUUUCCUUGCGAUUUUGACUAUAUCGUCAAAAUAGAAAGGAUAUAUCUCACCGUGUGUACACACCUUAAGAUCUGUACUGAUUUUAGUUCCGCCUGGCUGGAAAUGCAGUAAUCUAGUAACCAUAAUAGCUAAGAGUGUGUUUGGUCGGCACCUGGCAACAAUAAUUGGGCCCAAUGGAAUCAUUUAAAUGGUUGAAUGAUAAUGUCAAACUUCCAGACCUAAAUUAUGGGCAACUAAGUAUUUUUGAUAAUAUACAUAUGUGACCUCAUAAUACUUUAUGUAGAUAUUGCUGUGACAGGCACUAGACUGACUGUCCAGCUUCAUCUACCCUAUAUGGUCCAGAAAUCCUCAAUAUUACAUUGACCUUUUGACUGCAUUCCGAAGUGGUACAUUUUGAACGUGUGUUAUAAAAAAUAAAAAUUGCCAAAGUA